UGGAAGCCGGAUCCGCUCUUUCGUUUUCGUUUCCUGGAAGGACAGCGAUUACCUAGCGCCCCGCGCCUGCUCCCGGACCGAGCGCACACUCCCCGCGCGUCUGAAAGGAGGUUUCCUCCCACGAGGCAUUCCGUUCUCCAGCCGAGUUUGGGGUCGGGAAGGGAGCGUCUGGCAGCGCAGCCGGGGCGGCCCGCCUUGGGGAAGGACAGCCCGGGCUCCCACGCCUCCACCUGUGAUGCAGGAGGGAGCACUGGCCGGCUCUCCCGUGAGCCCCGCGGCAGCCACGCCACCUCCAGGCGCCCGGGCCCAGGCCGGAUGUGACGCCCACGUGGACCUGCAGGGCAAGCGGGGCAUCUGCAAGCUGCCAGGAAGACUCCGGAUCCAGCCCGCGCUCUGGAGCCGCGAGGACGUGCUGCACUGGCUGCGCUGGGCCGAGGGCGAGUACUCCCUGCAGCGCACCCGGGAGCGCGGCUUCGAGAUGAACGGCCGCGCGCUCUGCAUCCUCACCAAGGACGACUUCCGGCUCCGCGCACCCGGCUCAGGUGACGUCCUGUACGAGCUGCUCCAGUACAUCAAGACCCAGCGGCAAGCCCUGGUGUGCGGCCCUUUCUUCGGCAGGGCCUUCAGGCAGAAGAUGCCCCGUGGGCACUGCCCCUGCCCCCUGCAAGAGGGGACCAGGCCCUCUCGGGUGGCCCAGGGAGGCCUCCUGCAGCAGCCACCCGACCUGGAGCUUACCAACUCCUGGAGCCACCUGGAUGCCCCUGGCCUGGCCAGGUGGCCCCCCGGCAGGGAGGAGGCCCUCAGCUUCCCUCUCCGUGGGGAGCUCAGCUGUAGGGCAGAGGGAGUCUGCUCCUUCCCCACAAGGCCGCAGGCCCCCGUCGACGGCAGGAUUGAUGGCAGGAUCGCAGACUGCCGGCUGCUGUGGGACUACGUGUACCAGCUGCUCUCCGACACCAGGUACCAGUCCGUCAUCAGGUGGGAAGACGAGAACGCCAGGAUCUUCCGAGUCGUGGAUCCCAACGGGCUCGCCAGGCUCUGGGGGAACCACAAGAACCGCGUGAACAUGACCUACGAGAAGAUGUCGCGUGCCCUGCGCCACUACUAUAAGCUGAACAUCAUCAGGAAGGAGCCCGGCCAGAAGCUCCUGUUCAGGUUCCUGAAGCUGCCCGGGAAGACGGCCCCGGACCAGGGCAGCCGCCCGCAGCAGCUGCAGCGCCAGGAGCAGGGCCAGGCCGGCUUCAAGGCGAACGUGCUGGCGCUCUCUCCGUGAGGGCACGACCCAGGCCCUGGGCAGAUGGGACAGAGAGCGAGUCUCUCGUGAGGGCGGCGAGCUGCACGCCUCCGCCCUCCACCCCGGGCAGCAGGGAUGCCCGGCCGGUGCACUUCGGGACCUCAGAGCCGCCGGAGGACCUGAGCUGUGAGGACUGGGAGGCUCGCCCAGGACAUCGUGGGCCAGGCGGGGCCACAGGCAUGAGCUCUCCCGGCCUUGUCCCUGGCCACCUGCCCAGCGAGGGAGGGUGGCCGGGCGCUGAGGGCAUCCAGCCCCACGCCUCCAGGUCACAGAAGGGAGCGGCCGCCAGCCUCAGCUCGCCCAUCAAGGGCA